AUGGAGGAAUUCGAUUACGUGGUAGUAGGUGCUGGAUUCCACGGUUUGGCCGCUGCGAAGCAGUUUCACUGUCUAAAUCCCAACAGGACAAUAGCAGUUUUCGACGGACAGUCGACGCUAGGUGGAAAAUGGGCUGUAAACCGGCUGUUCCCAGGGCUAAAGAGCAAUAACCUCCUCGGAACCUAUGAGUAUCCCGACUUUCCAAUGAGCAGUGAGAAAUUCAAUGUCCAGCCCGGAGAGCAUAUUCCCGGCGAAGUGAUCAACGCCUAUCUUAAGGCGUAUGCCGAGGAAUUCGACAUCAUCAACUCCGUACGGUUAGAAACUCCGGUUCUCGCCGCAGAGCACCAAGACACGGUGGAGGGUGGGUGGAUUUUAACCGUGCAGCCACCAAAACAAGCCCAGGUCAAGGUUUUUGCUCGGCGGCUCAUUAUAGCUACGGGCUUGUUGUCAGAACCCUUCAUGCCGCGAUUUAAGGGACAAGAUGAAUUUGGCGGGAAGAUAUUCCACAGCAGGGACUUCCCGCAGAAUAGCGACACCCUGAAUGCGAAAACUGUCACAGUCUUCGGGGCUGGAAAGUCCGGCUGGGAUGCUGUGUAUCAAUACGCAUCGGCCGGUGUUAAGGUUCAUUGGGUCAUAAGAUCAAGUGGCCAUGGACCCGUAUGGAUUGCGCCGCCGUACGUCACCCCCUUUAAGAAAUGGAUUGAAAAGCUAUCGAAUACACGCUUUCUCACUUGGUUCAGUCCAUGUAUCUGGGGUGACGCCGACGGCUAUGUAGGUAUUCGAAACUUUUAUCAUCGCACACCGAUCGGCAGGUUCAUAGUGGACCGUUUCUGGAACAUACUCAGUCAGGACGUUAUUGGACUUAAUAAAUUCGACUCGCAUCCAGAUACUGCUAAAUUGAAGCCCUGGCUAGAAGUCAUGUUUACGGGAUGUAGCUAUAGUAUUCUGAAUUAUGAACAGGAUAUUUUCGAGCUCAUCAAGAGCGAUAAGGUCGAAAUACACAUCGGUGAGAUAUCCAACUUGAGUCUAGGAAAGGUUCACCUUUCGGACGGAACUGAGUUCGAAUCCGAGGCUUUCCUUGCGAAUACUGGCUGGAAACAUGUGCCGCCCAUGAAAUUUCUGCCAGAAGGAAUUGAAAAGGAACUUGGCAUCCCUCACGAAGUGGUAGAUCAGGCACCUCCAGAGGAUCUGGCAAACCAGCGCGCUUUGAUCGAGCGCGCCGACCGAGAGAUCUUACAGCGUUUUCCAAGACUCAAGAGACAGCCGGUUUGGAAUAGGGAUUUUGUUCCUUUAUCCGAUCAGAAGGGAAUUGUUGCUGAGGCGACAUCUCGCACAUCCCUGACGCCUUAUAUGCUAUAUCGGUUCCUGAUACCGCCAUCUCCUCGGUUCUUACGCUCCCGCGAUGUUGCAUUUAUAGGAUUACAGACAAACUUUAGCAAUAUCAUUACGGCACAUAUUAGUGCGCUUUGGAUCAACGCCUAUUUUGAGGGACAGUUAACAAUUGAUCCCGCAAAGGCGGUUGACAACGAGGAGGCUGUAGCGAAGCUACAGUAUGAGACAAUGCUACACAAUCGAUUCGGCAAAUGGCGUUAUCCCACUGAAUGGGGCAACAAGGGCCCUAACUUUAUCUUCGAUGCUGUUCCGUAUCUCGAUCUACUCCAACACGACCUCGGCUUAAACCCGCACAAAAAGGGGGGCAUGUUAGUAGAGAUGUACAGUCCUUACGGACCUGAAGAUUAUCGUAACGUCAACGAAGAGUGGCUACAGAAACUCAAAGAAGGCCAAGCUUCUAAAGGAACCGAUCGUUCAUAA